AUGGGAGAGGUCGGUCUCAUACCCGCAAACCUUGCGACAGUCUGCAUAGAAAGCUUUUUCUAUGGCAUCUUCUUCACUCUCUCUACGGUUUCUUUCUAUCUCUUAUACCGACGACAGAAAGGUUUGGGAGCAUGGGAGGGUGGAGGACGAAGCCAAUCUGACUCUCGGUCUCGGAAUGCAAUCACAAUCCUCUUGGUUUCCAGCGCGCUUAUAUUUUUCUCCAACACUGUCCACUGGACUGCAGCCGUUGCGCGGCCGUUUGAAGCCUUCGUAUACUACAAAGGUGGCAAUGCACCAUUGGACUUUUACGCCGACCUGUCGCAGCCAACAGAAGUUGUUCAAAGUGCCGCAACAAUAUUCACAAUCGUAGUCUAUGAUGCAAUGAUUAUAUACCGCCUUUGGAUCGUGUGGGCAUUCAACAAACGAGUAGUCAUGUUUCCGCUCUGCACACUGGUUGGCUUAACCGUCUGCGGUGUCGGUACCGUGUACCAGAUGACGACAUUCCGUCUCGGCGAAAACGUCUUCGUCACUGCUCUGGGUCGCUGGCUUAAUAGCAGCUGUGCGUUCUCGCUUUGCACCAAUGUGUACAGCACAACUAUGAUCGCAUGGCGUAUUUGGAGAAUAAACUCAGCUAUCGUAGGCUAUAGACAUGACAGUCUGAUGUCUGUCAUGGCUACAGUCGUCGAAAGUGCUGUGCUCUACACGAUAUGGACUAUCUUCUUCCUGGUCACUUACGAGACUCAAUCCAACUUGCAAUUCGUGACCAACGAGACGUUGCCUUUCGUCGCUGGCAUAUCCUUCAUGCUCAUCAACGUACGCGUUGGCAUGGGAUGGGCUCAGAAUGGAACGGCCACAACUUCGACGUUUGUAGACACUUCAGGCACAUCAGCCAGUGGCAAUCAGUCGUUCGCGAUGAGGCCUUUGGCAGUCAAUAUCACGUCCACUGUACACAAGGAUCACGAGUCUGAUGAUGUUCCUGUCAAGUAUUUCUCUCAUGGGUCUUCUGAUCUCAUGUCAGCUGCUUAA